AUAAUCAGUUCAUGAUAUAUAGAUACAGAUCUUGUGCACAUCUAUAAGCAAUUGUUUUUAUGAAUAAUUAUUUAAGGCCAAGCUUUAACUAAAGGGAAUCAGAGAGGAUAAGACAAGGUGUAAUGAAGUAGCCGUUCUUAUAGAAACUAACAGCAAUGGGCCAAAAAUCACAAUUGCAAUGUCGGUCAGUGUUUGCCAGUAUAGUCAUGAGAUAACAGUUUAAUUCAUUUCACAUGUUUCUGUUAAAUACAUGCAUCAACUUGGAGUACAAUCAUCCUGUUCCCAAAAACUCUCAUUAACGUCUUUGUUAAGCAGAUGUCUCACGUUGUCUGCCCCUCCCAUCUCCAUGGAGGCUGCAUUGAAACAGUUUGAGAUGAACUGUUGCACAACAGUCAUGACGCAGGUAGGUUUGACGCCGGCGCUGUGACAGACAUGACUCAGAUUGCCUCGAGGUUUAAAGGGAUGAAACAUCAAAUAUCAAUCAAAACCUGAGCUAAUGUUUUAAACCUGUUUUCACUGACAUACAUCCAUGCAUGCCAGAGAAGUGGAAGUUUUUCACUUUAAGGUGUACAUAAAAUCUGACUCAGCUGUUUGAUUUUAUAGGUUUUCUUAUGGGAAAUGAUGAUGGAAAUCUUCUUGCAGAUAUGUGCAGAAACAGUUCAGCAGAUCCAAAUUGAAAAUGUACACCAUUGUCACAACAAAACAGGCAGAGCAAACAUGAACAAAAGAAGUCUCCAAACACAGUACAGAAAUGGUACACUGAUUCCUGCUGAUAUAGAGGCAUGUCUGUGGGCUUUUAAAGCUGGAAAUGUUCUCACACCUCCAUUGAAAACGGACAAAGAAGGUAUAAUAUGUGGUGAUGAAGUUUCAGGCAGGGGACAAAAGAGCAGGUCGUAGAAAACGAGGUGAGGGACAGAAAGGGAAAAGAGAAAGACGAGUGUGAACCUGUGGGAAUAAAAGAGCGAGGACUGCAAACAGAUACAGUUAUGUGUGUGUGUGUGUUUUAUUUCCACUCUCAUAAGAACCAAAAUUUCUCUGAAAGGAUGUAAAACAUACAGAUUUGGGAUAUUUCGCAUUUUCUACUAUUUUUAUGAAUAAAUUUGGUCGUAUAAGAUGUUUUGAUGCUGCAUCAGGUGAAACAGGUGUCUGAAACUGUGAUAUUACUUUUAACUAUAGUGAAUGUUUCUUCAAAUUAAGUUAUACUUGGUUAUAAUAACUGAAAAGACAGGGAACAAAGAAAGAGGAAAUACAGCAGCUAUCGCUUAGAGAAUCUCCAGGAAGUGUCAAAAGUUCGGAGUACUUAUACACAGAUUAUGUCAAAGGUAAAAAGUCAGUUCAAGCGACACCAGUUCAACUAGUAUUUUUUCUCCUAAUCAGGCAUUAUCGUGGGAUUAUAUUAAAUCACAUUCUCCUGAACCAAAGUUAUGGAUAGGUAUGUGCUGAGGAGGCUGAAGGAUCUGGUUUCAGGUAUGUAUCGAAUGAGCUCACUGGAGUGCUCACAGGUAUAGUAAUGCAAAGUAUUUGGAAGUGUGAUGAGUGUGUGAGUGAGAGUCUGUGUGUGUGUGAGAGAGAAAGACAGCGAGAGGGAGAGAGAGAGUGGACCAGAUGAAAACCGGCCCAGAGUGUGAAUCACAGGCUGGGGGGGGCGUGGUUCAGAGGGUGGGGCCCAGCUCAGUUUUGGCACCAGCCCAGUCCUUGCCCAUCUCAGCCCUAUAAGAGAACCCUGGUCCUCCCAGCUUCACUGUCACUGAGGACAAACCUACCUUCCUAUCUUCUCACAGUCUCACCAGCCUCCAGCGAGAAAACAUGGGCAGACAGAAGGUGUAUUUGGACAAACUGUCCCGAUUCUUCCAGAUCCGUAACCUGCUGCUCCGCCAGGCCCUGGCAGAGUGUCUAGGCACCCUUAUCCUUGUGGUAAGUGUUUUUUGUAUAUUUUUUCAGUGUAAAUGUGCGCACAGGUGUAAUCCCCGCACUCCAAGUCUGUGCUCUUUUUAAAAGCCUUGAAAUACUUGAUUUGUUGAUAUUAGUUGACCUCUGACCCCAGUUAUUGCUUUUCUCUAAGUACCCUUGCAUCAAACUCAUAUUUUAGUGUCUUUGUAUCAUAAAGAAGUCUAUCUGCCAGAAUUUAAAACAAUUUUUGCACCGUCUAGAAACUGUAAGAUUUUCCACCGUCUUUAUGACCGUCUUUAUAUUACAUCGGACCAGGGUGUAAAUGUAGAAAAUACUUCAUUGGCCAGCUUAUUUAAAGCAAGGAGACAAACAGGUUGGUUAGGAUGGCAUGUAAAGGGACCAAACCAUACUGACAAUUAUACAGCAAUAUUUGUUUGGAGAUGGGAUCCAAGAUCCCGGAUGAAAGACCUUGUGACUUCCUAUUAUCUCUUUACUUUGGCUGUGUGCAAGUGUACAUUGGCAAGGAAUGCUUGUGUUGACACUUUUCUCACAACUUUUUACUCAACCAUGAAAAGUUGAGUAAAAAGAGGCGCAAUACUCGACAUUGUUCAAACUGUGUCAGGAUAAAGGAAACUUAGGAACGAAAGAAGCAGGAGCGAUUGACACUUCUUAUGUUCAUUAAAUUAAGAAAAGAUCAAGAUUACAGCCUGAUAUUGUUUUUCCAUGGCAGAUGGAGACACUUGCAUGAUCUAAAUCAGCAUUUCCGACAGGUUUGAUAUAUUACCUUGACACACAAGGCUUUAAAUAUUUACAUACACAAUCCAAGCCCAGAAACUAUUCAGGAGUUGAUGUUAAGACAACUUCGCAUGUGCUUUGAAUACUAAGGUGUGGCUGAGACAUUUUAAGGUGACACAUGUCAUUGGCAGUGCAGGGAGGAUCAUCAGUAGGACAAUAGAAAUCAUAGCACACACAUGGCUGGUCAUGAUGUAACCUCCUCAAACAGACGUUACAAAACACUUACUUUCCUCCAGCCUUAUCUUUGUUGACUUGUCUCCAGAUAAGGUCUCUGUGAUCAAUUUUUCUUCUAAUCUAAAUGGAUGAUCAUGUUAAGCCUAUAAGUAAUUAUUAACUAGUGAUCAAUGAUGGCUUAGAGAGAUAUGAAACAAGUGUAAGGGUGUGUGUGAGUGGGUGUGUGUACCUCUUAUUAAUAGAUGAAGCAUUCUUUACAUGUCGCUCAAAGCAACUUUACAGGAUCAGACAAGGAUUUUUUUCUCUUUUUCCUCAAGAGAUCAACAGAAAGCAGAUUUUAAUUAACUUUUUCACAAAGACAUUAGUUGCUCUCCACCCCAAAUUUAGAAAGAUCACACAGGCAGUGAUUUACAGGCUUGUUUCAGACCUGCAGAUUCUUUGUUUUCAGCUCCUAAACCAUACCCCAAAUGUGUGCCUCAGUAGGCAGGCUGCUGCCGUUCUUUUUUAUAAGCAUCCCGACUGUGUUAAAAGCCUCGAGUAGCCGCAUGGAUGCUUAACCAGCUGAAUCAGCCAGUCAGGUUUUGUCUGGCUUGAGGGGAAAGUUUGGUGCUGAUGAUUAAUUUACAAAAUGUUAAAGGGACGUAGCUACAAGCCAAAAUACUUGGAGAGAACUACUCAGUUAUCUCCAAAAAAAGCACUUCAGUGGUAAAAAAUAUCUCUUGCUGCCCAUAGAUUAAGAGAGGGAUUUAAAAUAAGACCUUUCUAGUGAAAUGCGAUCCAAGUCAGGAAGUUGGCAUUUGCAAGCUAAUGGACCAUUAUUUGUAAUCUGAUCCCGCCGACUUCAGAAAAAAAUGGAGGUGAAAUCGUAAAGUUUUCUAGACCAGUCAAACUUUAAAUGUUUUAUUGUCCACACACAUUCGUCUCAACACAAAGAGUUUGGCACAGUUCUGCCCAGUGCUCAAGCACUUUGCACUCAUGACCAGUCUCAUCAGGGGUGGAAAAGAGUUUAGAGCGAGGCCAGUGAUGAUGAGCUUCCCCCAGGCGCCAGUCCCACUGAGUGCGGUUACCUCAGGCUUACCCCAAAAUGUAAGUCCUGUGGUCUGUCUGAAAAGUAUCCUCAUCAGGGGGCUGAAAGAGCAGCGGGGCAGAGUUUAGACCACACAGACUUCUUUGAAACAAGCAAAGCAGACACAGGGACUUACAUUUGACAUUAACCACACAUUACGAAGAAUAAAUAGUAUGGCACCUGUUGACUCUAAAACUUAAACCCUUCAAAUCUGUCUUAAAAUGAGUCACAUUAUGCCCACUUUCCUCCAUUUCCAUGGAAAGUGAACAUCAGCUUUUUCUCUGUACAAGAUUUAAGAGCUAGGCAGCAGCAGUGAAAAUAUUCCCCAAUAAGGUCAACAUAACGACCUUACUGAAUAUCCAGGGUUAUGGGCGUGUCAUUAUGAACACAAAAGAGCUCAUUUACAUCUGAGCAGAGCUCAUAUAAGGGUCUUUGUUUCAGUUUGGUUUCACUGUUAACAAUCUCUCUGCCCAGUAUUUUGUACAAGGUCUGACCUUGACUUGCUGACUUUGGUCCAAAUGUGCCCAUUUCAUGUGAUGCUGCUUCCACAUAAGAAUAAUAGAGAUAACCAAUAAACUCUUAUGUGCGUAAGUGUCUAAUCCUGAUUUUCUUCUCUCUGUCUGCAGAUGUUCGGCUGUGGUGCUGUGGCCCAGUUGGUGUUGAGCGGUGGAUCUCAUGGCAUGUUUCUCACUGUCAACUUUGCUUUUGGGUUUGCUGCUACUUUGGGCAUCCUGGUCUGCGGCCAAGUAUCAGGUAAACAACUUGUGUUAUUAAUUUCACAUUCUCCACGUAUGAUCACGUAUGACAUGGUGACCAGUACUCUCAAAAAGCUGCAUUUAUAAGGCAUAUCAGAUUUGCAGGACUUCUUGAUUAAAAUGGUGCUACUCCUUUACAUCUCCAUGAUCUGUAAAAUAGAAUGAGAUACUGACAUUGUGUACCUUACAGGUGGCCAUUUGAACCCCGCUGUGACCUUUGCCCUGUGUCUGCUCGGAAGAGAGCGCUGGAGGAAGUUCCCCAUGUACUUCCUCUUUCAGACAAUUGGGGCCUUUUUUGGUGCUGCUGUCAUAUUCGGCAUGUACUACGGUAAGGAAGAAGGAAAUCACGUUUUGAAACCCUUUACUAACAAAUAAUUGUUUCACUCAGUCAACAAACUGGUCUUCUCUAUUAUGCUGAUGCUAUAUUCUGUUAUUUGUACCCUCCAGAUGCUCUGUGGGACCACCCUGGAUGUUUUAAUGUGACUGGACCUAAGGCCACAGCUGGCAUCUUUGCCACCUACCCUGGGAAACAUCUCACCCUUGUCAACGCUUUCUUUGAUCAGGUAAUUUUUGAAAAUCACAUCAUGAAUUUGAGUUUUAUAGAUAUAAAUGGUGCGACUCUGUCCAACUCAUAAUAACUUCUUCAACAAUUCUCUCUCCAACAUAGAUUAUUGGCACAGCUGCUCUCAUAGUUUGCAUUCUGGCCAUUGUGGAUCCAUACAACAACCCCAUUCCCCAGGGGCUGGAGGCCUUCACUGUGGGAUUUGUGGUUCUGGUUAUCGGACUGUCUAUGGGCUUCAACUCUGGGUAUGCUGUCAAUCCUGCCAGAGACCUCGGACCACGUCUUUUCACUGCAAUGGCCGGUUGGGGCAGUGAAGUUUUUACGUAAGUGCUAAUUAAUUAUGACCUCAAAGAAACUGUCAAUGUGUAGUGUAAUGUUGAGCAGCCUUCAAAAGCUUAUCUGCGUAACUAACUUGUGUUUUUGUCACUUCUCAGGGCCAGAAAGGGUUGGUUCCUGGUACCCGUGUUCGCUCCAUUCCUCGGCACCAUCAUCGGCGUGAUGAUCUACCAGAUGAUGGUCGGUUUCCACGUUGAGGGUGAAGUUCGGGACAGACAGGAAACAGCGCCGGAGAAUGUCAGACUCACCAAUGUCACCGCCAACGACAACCCCAAGGAGCCAACCAAAGAAAUGCUCUGAGCGUGUUAGAGACAUUCACUUACACAUGCACAUUCUGUAAAUAGUGACACAAACCACAGUUUCCUUUCAGCCGUGACCGGCUUUUAAAAUUGUCUUUACAGCUGUCGGGACAUUUCCCAAGAUAGCCGAGUUUUUGUGAAAACAGACGACACUUAUCAUUGUUAUGUAUUUGUAUUAUAUUGUUGAGUGAUGAUUGUGUAAAAGUGUAGAGGGGGAGAAGCACAACUUUAGAAACACAGAAUUACAUUAAUUCUUUUAUUAUGAGAUGAAAGUUUGUAUCUUAGUGUCUGUAACACUCCAAUUUGAACAGUAUUGUAUGCUUUAUACUAAUAAAGUUUUAUAUAGCCUUUUGUAUCAUUAUAUUGACCUGUGUUUAUUCCAGAUGCUUCCUAUGGAUCUGGUAGUCCAGAAUUUUCACCGUUAUUGUUAUGAUUUGAGGAAAAUUUUGAUAAUUUGGAGAUUUUCACCACUCAACCAAAGAGAAAAGUCAUCAGACAAAAUUUGUACAAAAGCGAUAUUGCACAUUUAAUUUAGAUUAAAUGGAAUAAUCCAGUUUUUGUUAAGUACUGCGGUGUCCACUGUGAUGUUUAGAGCUGACAGAUGUUGGUGAAGCAGCAUCCCUCCCACAGCAUUCUUCACUUCACCACUGCCACUUUAGAGCAGCUAUAUUGGUGCAGCUGCAUAUUUACUUAGACCGUCUUUGCCCUGUGAAAGCCCUGACCAACAAUUCUCCAGCAUGCUUUCAUUUGUUAUGAUGCCGUCAGCUACAAACUUUGUAGUUUCCACUUUUUGUGCAAUAAUGUCAUCAGAAAAAACUUCUAGCACCUUUAUUUAUCGACUGUUCCCAAAACGAUGUUCACUUGUGCCUGUAAGUGUGUUAGCAACAUGUUAUCGACCCAUUCAGAGGUGCUGUACUAGACUGUGAGCACCUUGUAUGUAGGUUGAGGGGA